CUCGGAGCGAUAUUCGGGCUGCCUGAGGCCGUGUUGGAGCCAUCUGGGGGCUCUUUGGAGCCGUCGGUGAGCGGCGUGGCGCUCCGGGCGAUCGGGGGCAGCUGGCGCACUGCUGGCGCGACUCGCACGCGCAUCGACCAGAAUUGUAGUACCAAUGACGUCCAGCUCCAGCUUCGCUCCCCGCAUCUCGCCGAGCAACAUCAGAGCCUGGUGCCAGUAGCUUCCUCUCCCGCACGCGCUUAUCCCAGCAUUGUAGCUGAUGACGCUCGGAACCAAAAGCGUCUGCCACAUCUCUCUGAGCAGGGAGAGAGCAUAGUGCCACUUCUCGACUCUCCCGCAGGCGCUGAUCCCAGCAUUGUAGCUAAUGACGCCAAGCUCCAGUCUCGUCUCCCGCAUCAAGCUAAGCAACGACAGAGCCUGGCCCCACUGCUCACCGUUCCCGCACGCACCGAUCCCAGUGCUGUAGCUGAUGACACUCGGCUCCACCUUGGCAUCCCGCAUGUCGCUGAGCAACGUCACGGCUUGGUGCCAAUGCCCGCCUUUCUCGCAAGCGCUGAUUCCAGCAUUGUAGCUUCAUGGCGGUGGGCUCCACCUUCAACUCACGCAUCUCGCUUAACAGCGCCAAAGCCUGCUGCCACUGCUCGCCUAUCCCGCAAGCGCUGAUCCCAGAGCUGUAGCUGAUGACGUUCGGCUCCAGUUUCGCUUCUGGCAUCUCACCAAGCAAAAGUAAAGCCUGCUGCCACUGCCAGCCUUUCCCGCAAGCGCUGAUCCCAGCAUUGUAGCUGAUGGCAUCUGGCUCCAAUCGUUCCUCGCCCAUCAAUCUGAAUACCGACAAUGCCUGCUGCCACUGCCCACUGUUCGCGCACGCGCAGAUCGCAACGCCGUAACUGAUGACAUUCGGCACCAACUUUUCAUCCCGCAUCUCACUGAGAAGCAGCAUAACUCGCUGCCAUUGGUUGCCCUUCAUGCAAGCACCAAUCCCACGGUUGCAGCUGAUGAUGUUGAGCUCUAACUUCGCAUUCCACAUACCGCUCAACAACGACAACGCCUGCUGCCACUGACCGCUUGUCUCGCACGCGCUGAUCCAAGCGUUGUAGCAGAUAACGUUCGGCUUUAGCCUCGCUUCACAUAUCUCGCCGAGAAGCGCCAGUGCCUGCUGCCACUGACCGCCAGUCUCGCAAGCCCUGCUUCCAGCACUGUAGCUGAUCACGUCUGGCUCCACACUCAUGCCCCACAACCCUCUGAGCAAGAACAGCGCGAGCGGCCAAUGCCCACCUCUAUCGCAGGCGGUGAUGACAGCAUUGUAGCUGGCCAUGUCCAGCUCCAAGGCUGCUUCCCGCGCCUCGCAGAGCAUUGACAACGCCUGCUGCCACUGCCCGCCAUCCUUGCACGCGCUGAUUCCCAAGUCGUAGAAAGACGACGUUGGGCUCCAGCUCUGCCUCCCGCAUCUCGCUGAGCAGCGCCAGAGCCCGCUUCCACCGCUCGUCCUUCUCGCGCGCGUCGGUCCCAGCGUUGUAGCUGAUAACGCUGGGCUCCAGCUUUGCCUCCCGCAUCUCGCUGAGCAGAGCCAGAGCCUGCUGCCGAUGCUCGCCCUUCUGGCACGCGCUGAUCCCAGCGAGGUAGCUGUUCACGGUGGGCUCCAGCAUCGCCUUCCACAUUGCCCUCAACUGCGCCAAAACUAGCUGCCAUUGCUUGCCUUUCUCGUGCGCGCUGGCCCCGGGGUUGUAGCUGACGGCGUUGGGCUCCAGAUUCGCCCCACGCAUCUCCCUGAGCAGCGCCCGAGCCCGCUCCCACCGAUCGCCCUUCUUGCACGCGCUGACCACAGUGAACACAGUGAAUGCCGUCGGGCUCCAGCUUCGCUUCUCGCAGCUCGCGGAGCAGCGCCAGAGCCCGCUGCCAUUGCUCACCCUUCUCGCACGCCGCGACCACAGCGUUGUAGGUGGGGGUGACGUUCGGCUCCACCCUCAACUCUUGCAUCUCCCUGAGAAGCAGCAGCGCCCGAUGCCACUGCCCUUCGCUCGCGCACGCGCUGAUGCCUGCACUGUAGAUGAUGACGUUAGGCUCCAAACUAGCAUCCCGCAUCUCGCUCAAUAGCAACAUAGCCCGCGCCCACUGACCAUGUUUCGCGCAAGAGCUGAUCCCUGCUCUGUAAGUGAAGACGUCGGGCUCCAAUUUCGCAUCACGCACGCCGCUGACCAGCCACAAUGCAUGUUGCCACUGCCCGCCUGUUUCGCACGCACAGAUCCCAACAUUGAAGCUAAUAACGCCGCGCUCCAACUUCGCCUCCUCCAUCUCACUGAAUAACGACAAAGCCUGCUGCCACUGCCAGCCUUUCGCGCACGCGCUGAUCCCAGCGUUGUAGCUAAUCUGGUUCGGCACCAUGUUCGCAUCCCUCAUCUCACUGAGUAAUGACACAGCCUGCCGCCACCUUCCGUCAGCGCUCCACCUUCCGUCUUGCUCGCACGCGCUGAUCCCAGCGCCGAAGCUGAUGAUGUCUGGUUCUACGAUCUCCUCCCACAUCUCCCUGAGCAGCGACAGGGCCUGUUGCCAUUGUCGGCCUUUCCCGCACGCGCUGAUGCCUGAGUUAUAAGUAAAGACGUCCAGCUCCAUCUUCACUUUCAUCACCUCGCGGAUCAGCGAAAUCGCCUGCUGCCACUGCCCGUCUCUUCCCCAUCUGCUAAUCGUCGCAACGACCAGGCUCGGAUUGGCUUUCGCCCUUGCUUGAGAUGCGUCGUUGGACAACCAGGCUUGGGCUGACUUGCGUCCCAAACGCCUCGCGGGACGACCGCGGCGCCGUGCGCCACUGCCUCGUCCCCUCGCGCCUCUUGGCGGCCAAGCCGGAGGAAGAAGCAACCGCCCGAGGGCACGGCCGGGCUUCCGGCAUUCCAGUGGAGAGCUCACGCCAUGCACUCGGUGCGCUCGGCGCGCGCGCCGCGGGGCAGCGAGGACACCAUGCCAGCAGCGAGGCCCCCCGCAAGAAAGGGCAGGCGGCAGUCGAGCAAGGAACAACUUGAUAGGCAGAAGCGUUCCGAGGUCCACGUGUACCCUCUCGAGCUUGCUGCUUAUGUAGACUACGUUAUCCUUGUUUCUGGGACGACAGGAGGGAUGUCGCCGACACGCCGCGGUUUGAGCCCAAAUGGACACGGCCGGCACGACCCAGCAAGAAUGAUAAUGAACACGGACAGCGAUGGGGAGAGGGUAAAGAAGAGACUCCACUCGCCGAGGCGGAGGUGAAGGACCACGGCAAGCCCCGAGGUUUUGCCUACGUCGUGGUCUACACAGCGUCGCGAAAACACCACGAUCAAGAAGAAUCUCGACUCCAUAUUUCUGCAACGUAUCUCAAGCAUGAACAACAUGUGAGGGUUCCGAAACCCGAAAUCGGAGCGAAAACGCCCGCUUUCCCCACGACGCCCAGGUGUCAG